AUGGGACGUAGACCAACAACAGGAUCCAGAGCCACUACAAGAGCCACUUCAGCCGCCAAUCCUGCAAAUCAGGACACAAGAAAAAAGGAAGACACAUGUCCACCUGUACCUGUAAUAUCACCAGAUCCUAUUGCUGACUUACCACAAUCAGAUGAUGGCAAAGGUUCAAUGGCUUCUUUUUGGGCUAUGUGGAAACGCCAAAAGGAAGAGGCUGAAAAGGAAAAGGCUAUAAAGGAAAAAGCUCAACAAAUAAUUGAAAAGGAAAUAGCAGCUGCAAGUGCAAGUGCAAUUGCAGUUCCUCAAAGAAUGAGAGCAAAAACGAGGAUGGACAAAGUUCAUACUAGAAGCUUCGACAAGAGAAUUGUCAUUGAGAUGAAUGAUGACUUUCAGCCCAUAGCAGAAAAUGACAAAGUUCUAUCAGAAUUAAGUAGCUUCCUUGGAACGCUUGCUAAGCGAUGUGUCCCACUAACUUAUGUCACUUGGCGUCAUGUUCCAAAAAACUUGAGACAGACUAUGUGGAAUUAUGUGAAGGCCCGGUAUGUAAUUCCUGAUGAGUUGGAAAAUUGGGUAAUCGAGACAAUUCAUUCAUCUUGGAAGACUUAUAAAAGUCGAACUAAGGCAGGUCUUUUCACAGCCUAUGAAAAUGAUGAAAUGAGGUUGGAGAAUAGACCAGAUGACAUUCCACUCGAGACUCUUAAAAUGCUCUUGGAUUAUUGGAAUGAUGAGAGUAUUCAGGAGAAAGCAAGGAAAAAUUCAAAUGCCCGUAAACAUUAUGUUGAUACUCACACUCUUGGUCCCAAAAGUUUGGCACAAUAUCGUUAUAAGAUGAAAAAGGUGCCAAGUGAGUGUGAACCAUGUGAUGCAAAGAUUUUUAUUGAUACUUGGAAGCGAGAUGCAAAACGUGAGUACAAGAUCAGUACUGAAAAAAUUGAAAAGAAAAUUGAAACUAUUACCACAAGACUUAGUACUGGAGAUGCUGCUUCUGAUGAACUUGGCGCAAAACACGGUCCAAAUUGGCUCAAAGGUAGAUGUGUAAAGCCAGCAAAUAUGUCCAAUUCUAAUGCACCAACAGAAGCCUAUGUUAAAGACCUUACCACAAAGAUAAAAGAAGGGUUUGCUGCUGAGUUGGAGGAGAAAGUGAAGCAAGUGGAGUCUGAAUUUCAAGAUAAAGUGAAGCAGGUUGAAGCAGGAGUUGAUCAGAAGGUGCAACAAAAUUUGGCAUUUGUCUUCAAAAAACUUGCACAAGCUAACCCGGACAUCAAAAUUGAUAUUCAGGAGGUGUGCACGACUGUUGGAAGUGAUAAUGAUGAUGGUACUCCUAUGACUAGAGGCGUUAACUUUUAG